AUGCCGGGCCAGACGAUGGGCAACGGACGGUGGACCCGCGAGCGCCGGGAGACUGAAUACUACCGGCUCUCGCGCCUCCGGGCCGAGCGCAAGCUCGCCGCCAUCGAGCGCCGGCGCUCGGUCCGCGAGGCGAAGAAGAGCAUACGCGUGAUGAAGGACGAGGUUGCGAAGCAGAUUGCGCAGAUCGUCGAGGACCGCGCCUUUGCCACCCGACCGACGUAUCAGAUCCCGCCCAACUGGAAGGCGACGCACAUCGAGCGCCCGCAGGCGUUCUACAAGGUUGUGGCGUGCAAGGACGACAAGUUCGUGUCGGUGUACGACGGCGAAACGGAGUUUGCGCUGGGGAAAACGUACAAGACGCAGAGGGGAACGCCGAGCGGGUGGCCGCCCAAGGCCGAGUGCUUCUUCGCGUGGAACUCGCCGCUCGGCGCGCUCAACGCCGCGUUUCCGGUCGGGAGCAAGGCUGGUGUGCUACCGCGCGUGCUGUUAAAGGUGGAGGGGCGGGGAAACUGCUACGAGGAGCACGAGGUGUUCCCCGGCGGGAGCAGCCGGUGGACCGGGAGCGUCGCGCUGAGUUCCGUCAAGGUGUGCCGAAUAAUGACAGACGCGUUUCGCGAGGCAUCCGCGGACAAGGUGCUGCUUCCCGACUUUACCCUCCCGCGGAGACCUCCCCCGCUGCCCCCGUGA